AUGACUGUGAGUCUGUUGCUAUGUGUUGAUGUUAGUGUUACUCUGUUGCUAUGUGUUGAUGUGAGUGUUACUCUGUUGCUAUGUGUUGAUGUGAGUGUUACUCUGUUGCUAUGUGUUGAUGUGAGUGUUACUCUGUUUCUAUGUGUUGAUAUGAGUGUUACUCUGUUGCUAUGUGUUGAUGUGAGUAUUACUUUGUUGCUAUGUGUUGAUGUGAGUGUUACCUUGUUGCUAUGUGUUGAUGUGAGUGUUACUCUGUUGCUAUGUGUUGAUGUGAGUGUUACUCUGUUGCUAUGUGUUGAUGUGAGUGUUACUCUGUGGUUAUGUGUUGAUGUGAGUGUUUCUCUGUUGCUAUGUGUUGAUGUGAGUGUUACUCUGUUGCUAUGUGUUGAUGUGAGUGUUACUCUGUUGCUAUGUGUUGAUGUGAGUGUUACUCUGUUGCUAUGUGUUGAUGUGAGUGUUACUCUGUUGCUAUGUGUUGAUGUGAGUGUUACUCUGUUGCUAUGUGUUGAUGUGAGUGUUACUCUGUUGCUAUGUGUUGAUGUGAGUGUUACUUUGUUGCUAUGUGUUGAUGUUAGGGUUGCUUUGUUUUGA